AUUUAUGUCAAAUACAAAAACAUAACCUCAAUAUUACUUAUUAAUUAAAAAUUUUAAAAUAGCUCAAAAAGAAAAUCUCAAUAAGAAUGGAAAAUUUAAUUCCUCCGAUUCUUCCCGAUAUCAAUCAAGACUUGUAUAAUUAUAUAGUUUGUAUUGACAAACUUCCCAUUCAUCAGUAUGAAGAAAAUCAGGAAUUGUGGCCUAGAAAACCGAAUGUACCCGCUUUAUUUCAUUGCGAUGGAUCACCAUUAGCUUCUACUUUAAAGGUUGUAAGAAAUUUAGAAACGGGGGCAAUAGAAGAUUUUAUUGAAGUUCCUAUCGAGGGUGUAGGUGAAACUGCAAGAAAUUCAACUUCAUUAACAAGAGCCCCUGCACCAGCUUCAGAAUCAAUUCGUGGAAACGCCAUGAAUUUUCCAUUUUGGCCAGCUGGUUAUCCUAAUCCAUUUGAAGAUUUAGAGGCGAAAGAAGAAAAUAUUUUAUCUGGAGAGAUUUUAACAGUUCCUCCAGGAUUUAAAAGAGGAUUAGUUUUUGAACCUGAUGGUGUAACAAUUUGUAAAAACCCAAUUGCUUAUGAUAAAUGUUUUGAUAUAAGACAAACAAAUAAUGUAAUUGAUAUAGUGGACAUUGUAAAUAAAGAAAAAGACUUUAUGGGAAUUUGGAAUAAUAAUAAAAAAGAGGAGGAAAAACUACCUAAACAAAAUGAAGAUCUUCCUGAAGAAGAAGAAGUUUUACCAAAAGAACCACCACUAUUAAAAAUUUCCGAACUGACUUCAAACGUCUCUUCAAAGGCGACAAAAACAGAAUGGGCUGUUUUAUUAGAUUGCACCAAACCGAUCGAUGAUUUUGAAGAACGUAUACCUGAAAUGGCUCAUAAAUACAAAUUCGAUCUUGAUAUUUUUCAAAAACAAGCUAUAUUACAAUUAGAACAGCACAAUCACGUUUUCGUCGCUGCUCAUACUUCCGCGGGAAAAACCGUUGUAGCAGAAUACGCCAUUGCUUUAAGUCAAAAACACAUGACAAGAACUAUUUAUACAUCCCCAAUUAAAGCGCUAUCAAACCAGAAAUAUCGCGAUUUUAAAAUGAUUUUUAAAGACGUCGGUUUAAUAACAGGAGAUUUUCAAAUUAAUCAAAAAGCUGCUUGUUUAAUUAUGACUACAGAGAUCUUAAGAUCAAUGUUAUAUUGUGGUAGUGAUGUAACUAGAGAUUUAGAGUUUGUAAUUUUUGAUGAAGUUCAUUAUAUUAACGAUAAAGAACGCGGUCACGUUUGGGAACAAGUUUUAAUUUUACUCCCUGCUCAUGUUUGUGUUGUACUUUUAAGUGCCACAGUACCAAAUACCAUGGAAUUUGCCGACUGGUUAGGAAGAACGCAUCAAAAAAAAGUUUAUGUUGUAAGUACAGCAAAGAGACCUGUUCCAUUACAACAUUAUUUAUACACUGGAACCGGCGGGAGUACUAAAGAUAAUCGAUUUUUGCUUUUAAAUAGUUCAAAUACUUGGGUUCAAGCUGGUUAUACAAAAGCGAAAGAUACACUUCCACCUCCAAGCGCUGUUAUAAAAAAGUUUGCACCUCCUCAAGAAAAAACUUUAUGGAACGCCCUAAUUGGGCAUCUUCAAAAACAUGAUUUACUCCCAGUCGUCGCUUUUACAUUUUCACGAGCAAAAUGUGAUCAAAAUGCGGAUAAUUUAAGAAGUUUAGAUUUAACUACAGCGCGGGAUAAAUCGAAUAUUCAUCGAUUUUUCGAGGAAUGCAUAAAAAGCCUUAAAGAACCUGACCGACAAAUUCCGCAAAUCGUUAGAAUGAGGGAUAUUUUGCAAAGAGGAAUUGGCGUUCAUCACAGCGGGGUUUUACCGAUUAUAAAAGAAAUGGUUGAGAUGUUAUUUCAAAACGGUUUGGUUAAGUUACUCUUUGCCACAGAAACUUUUGCUAUGGGUGUAAAUAUGCCAGCUAGGACGGUCAUUUUUGAUUCAAUCCAAAAACACGACGGAGUUGAAUUAAGAACUUUAGCUCCUGCUGAGUAUAUUCAAAUGGCUGGAAGAGCUGGGAGAAGAGGAUGUGAUGAUCAGGGUACUGUUAUAAUUUUGUGCAAACAAAAAAUACCUGGGGAACAAAUUCUAAAAGGAAUGAUGUUGGGAAGACCUAAUCAACUAACUAGUCAGUUUAGGCUAACUUAUGGAAUGGUGCUUAGUUUAUUGAGAGGUGAGAGUUUAAGCGUUGAAGGGAUGAUGUCGAGGAGUUUUCGAGAAGCUGAUCAUCAAAGAAAAAUGUUCGACGUCCAUAGAAAAUUAGAAAAAGUUGAGGAAACCCUUAAAGUUGAAACUAAUCAAGAAUUCAGCGAAUAUUUACAACCAUUAGUUAAAUUUUUUGAUAGAGCUAAUGAUUACUUGAAAGUUCGCGAAGAAAUUUUACCCGAUAUAAUACAAUUUCACCGCGUUUCUAAAGAAUUAAUCCCAGGAAAACUUCUAUUCAUAACCCACUCAAAGCAUAUAAACAAAUUAGCAAUCCUUCUUUCCUCGAAUUUAAAGGCAUCCAAACCAAUAUUAAAAGUUUUAGUUUUAUCUGAUAAUCAUCAAAAAGAGGAGGAGGCGGUUCAAAAAGACUCUUGGUAUAAGAUGUUAGCCUUGGCGAAAAAUGAUAUCUAUCAACCAAUCGGAACGGCUACCCAUCAAGUUUUAACCAUAUCCUUAUUAGAUAUCUUUGAAAUUUGCUCGAAAUCGAUUAAAACCGAUUGCGAUUUAAUCUUAAAAGACUGGGAUAAAAGACAAAUGCCCCGAUUCAAAGACGACCCUCCAGGUCAAACGUGCCAACACGCAGUUCAAGAUUUAUUUGAAAUUACAAUCGCUAUGUUUAAUAAAAACGUGGCGAAUUUACCGUUGAGAUAUUUAGAUUUUUUGAAUGAUCUAAAAGUUGAUGAUGCUAUUUUAUAUGAUCAUGUAAGAGAAUUGGUCGAGUUAAAAGAAAAAUUGUUGGAUCAUGUUGGGUGUGUACAAAUUCCGAAUUUUGAGGAACAAUUUUUGGGGGUUUUUAAACGAAAAUCGCUUGAAGAUGAAAAGAGGCACUUGAAAUUUUUGGUUUCUCAUGCGAGCAUGUCGCUUUAUCCAGAUUACGAAAGCCGAUUAGCUUUAUUAAGAGACUUAGAUUAUGUUGAUUCUAAUAAUCAAGUUCAAUUAAAAGGAAGAGUUGCUUGUGAAAUGGGAAUGAACGAAUUAGUUAUAACUGAAUUAGUUUUAAGAAACAUUUUAACAAGACUACAACCGGCGGAAGUAGCCGCUUUAUUAUCAAGCUUAGUUUUCCAAGCGAAAACUAAAAAAAAUUUAGCCGAUUUUACAUUAACGGAAGAACUUAAAAACGGAAUUGAAUUUUUAAAAGACAUGCAUUCGGAAAUUACCGAUUUAGAAUUAAAACAUCGAAUAAGUAACGAUUUGGGACGCGAUGAAGAAUUACAUUUUGGGUUGGUGGAGGUUGUGUAUAAUUGGGCUUCUGAUAAACCGUUUGCUGAAAUUAUGGAGUUAACUGAUGUCCAAGAGGGAAUAAUUGUUAGGUGUAUUCAGCAAUUGAAUGAAACUAUUUGCGAUGUUAGAAACGCUGCAAGACUUAUUGGUGAUCCAACGCUUCAAAAUAAAAUGGAAGAAGCCAGCACAGCUAUUAAAAGAGAUAUUGUUUUUGCUGCUAGUUUGUAUACUCAGCGUGAAGGAGAACUUAUAUAAUUGUAAUAAUAAAAGAAACCAAGAGAUCUUGCUAA